AAACCCUAAUUCUCUACUGAGUGUUCUUCCGAUUAAACCAAGAUUUCUCAUUUUUGCUUCCGAUUAAACCAAGAUUUUUCAGCCAACGACGGAUGCCAUCAAUCCAUUGAUGACUGGAGAUGGAUGCAGCUUAUUAGUGUCCAAGGAAACACGUCUCGCAUUGUGUGAUAUGACUAAUGUUUCAAGUAAGAGAGGUCUUUCAGCGAUUUUGGGUGAUUUGCUUCUUAAAUCUGGAGAUGAUUCUGGUAAGAGCCUUGUUGCUCGUGAAGGCUCUGGGGUUAAGUUUUCCAAGAGGUUGUGUUUAGUUGUUGACGACUUGGUCAAGGAGAGUACUAGGACUAGUGAUACAAAUGAAGCUUCUUCUUCUGAUGAUAAAAUUAGUAGUUUUGAUUGUGAUUUUGAGAAUUUCGAUGUUAAAGAAUCUCAGGGUGAAACCAAUGCGGUAGAUAUUGGUGUUGAACCUAGUAAAGGUGAUGGUGAUACUGUGAAGGAGACGUGUGAGAAAGACUCGGAUAUGAAUGUCUGUGCUAGUCAAACCGAUGCUGUUACUAGUGAAGACUUAGCUAUGACUCUGUUUAGUUGCAACAAUAGUGAAAGUGCGGGUUUGUUGGUGCCUAAUUCUCAGACUAUCAAAUCGUUUAAUAUUAAUAGAUGUUCGAAUGUUGACGGUAAAGGAAUUGUUAAUCACGAUAUGGAAGCUGACCAAGAGCUUAAAUCUUGCUCUUGUUCUUUUUGCCUGAAAGCUGCAUAUAUCUGGUCAGAUCUUCACUACCAGGAUAUCAAAGGUCGAUUAUCUGUGUUGAAGAAGAGCCAGAAAGAAGCUAGUGGUUUGAUCAAAAGGAAUGAUAGAGCAAAGCCAAUGGAUAUUUAUGGAUCUGAAAACUCCAAUAACUCCACAAAUACAGAAAAUCCCAUGGAUCAAUGGACAUCUCUAUUUCUUAACAUGGAAGGUAUCUUGGCUCGUGAAAGCAACCACCUCCACAGUAGCUUUGUAGCCAUGAAAGAGUUGAGAGAAAAUUGCAAGAUUGAUCUGGAGAGAGCGUCGAAAACACCUCAACACAACAACACUUAGGGACUGAUUGUUGGUUUGAAUGUUGUAAGAGUUUGUAACCUUCUUCCUCAUAUUUAAAGCAAAUCAUGUAUGUAUUUUAACAUCUAUUGUCAUCAUUUGAUGUUGCAUCUAUGUUUAGUGUUAGACUUUGUUCUUCUAGCAAAUUGUUUCAGAUCCUUGAGACUAGUUAUUAUAUUGAUCUCUGUAUUCGCAUUUCUCCAUUUGAUUUCUUUAUCUUUUUGUUACUGCUAAUGUCGCUUGUAAACAAUUUUUGGGCUAAGAAAGACGAUUUAGUAUU